UGGUACAAACGUGAGGCCGUUAUCUUCCCGCGGAGCGCUUUACUGUUGAGACCUUCGUUCAGUGUUCAGCCAUGGCGUCCAUUUCCGCUACUGGUUCUCUUCUCAGAUUCCCCACUCUCAGGAAGUCUCUCAACACGAGCUGGAGCGGACCUCAUUUCGUUCACUUUCCCCACGAUUCUCAUCUUUCUUCAUCUUCCGGUGACAGUACUGAGGGAUGUUUCAAGCUAGUAUUUGAUCGGAGGGCUGUAGUUUUCUCAUCCUUUGGCCUACUCGCUGGAGCCUUUUUGAAGAACGCAGAUGAUGGACUAGCUGUGGCAUCUGAGUUUGCUGAUAUGCCAGCUCUUAGAGGGAAGGACUAUGGCAAGACUAAAAUGAAAUAUCCGGACUAUACCGAGACAGAAUCAGGUCUUCAAUAUAAGGAUCUGAGAAUGGGGGAAGGUCCCUCACCAAAAGUGGGAGAUACCGUUGUGGUUGAUUGGGAUGGCUAUACAAUUGGGUAUUACGGCCGCAUAUUUGAAGCCAGAAAUAAGACAAAGGGUGGUUCGUUCGAGGGUGAUGACAAAGACUUCUUCAAAUUUAGGUUAGGAUCUCAAGAGGUGAUUCAAGCAUUUGAGGAAGCUGUUGCGGGCAUGGCUUUGGGUGGCAUUAGAAGGAUUGUAGUACCACCAGAAUUGGGAUAUCCUGAGAAUGACUUUAAUAAAAAGGGUCCAAGACCCACGACGUUCUCGGGCCAACGAGCAUUGGAUUUUGUUCUGAGGAACCAAGGAUUGAUAGACAAGACUCUUUUGUUUGACAUUGAGCUUCUGAAAGUCAUACCAAACUCAUCAGUCUAAGGUUGGUUGGCGUGUCCCAAAUUCUGCUCAGUAUACACGAAGGGGUAAAAUUGUUAACAGGAAGCUGUGAAAUUCUUCGCCUAUGGUAUUAUAGUUUAUUGCCCUUAAAAAUGUAUAGAGGAAUCAGGUGUACUUGGUCUGUAUUAUCACAAUUUUCAAUGUACUCAGUUUUCUGAUA